CGUGCGACACAUUACCCAUUCGGUCAGGAGACAAGAUGUCGGAUUCCGCCCAACCUGCAGAAAAGCAGGUUUAUUUUUCUUGACUUUCCGCUCGUCUCUGACCUAUCCUGCGCCUCAGAACCACAUCAGCCAUGUUUUCUGUGCGGAUUGUGACGGCCGACCACUACCAAGCCGCCCCUGUCCAAGGUUUGGAUGUCUGUCACUCCGACUUUCGCGGGACCGACUCCAAAAGGGUCCCGGUGAUUCGUAUCUUCGGGGCCACUCCAGCAGGUCAGAAGACCUGCCUGCACCUCCAUGGAGUGUUUCCGUACAUCUACGUCCCCUAUGACGGGCCUCCGGAGGCUGAACGCCACCUCAGGCAGUUUGCUAGCAGCAUCGACCGAGCGCUGAACGUGGCGUUAGGCAGAGCCUCCUCUACUACACAGCAUGUCUUCAAGAUAUCUCUUGUUAGUGGGAUGCCAUACUAUGGUUACCAUGAAAAAGAGCAACAAUUUAUGAAGAUCUAUUUCUACAAUCCAUUCAUGGUGAAAAAGGCAGUGGACCUGUUACAGGGAGGGGCUGUAAUGAACAAGCCCUACCAGCCCCAUGAGGCCCAUAUCCCCUUCCUGCUGCAGUUCUUCAUAGAUUACAACCUGUAUGGGAUGAACUACAUCAACCUGGGAGCUGUCAAGUUCCGUAGACCUAAGGAGGAUGUUAAUCAACCAGUUGGAGACAACCAACCGUUAUCGCAAAAGAGCAGCCAAUCAAGCAGCAGCUCUCUUCCAUGCAGCCAGCCAAUCAGAAGCCCUUGUUCAAAUGUUCCUCCAGAGAGUCCUGCCACCCCCUCUAUGCCAUCCCUAAUGAGAUCAUCCAGUUGCCAUGCCAACACUCCCACCCGUCAGGUGUGGGAGAUGGAAAAUGUACCCAGUUCUCUGCUGCUGGAGGCUGAGGUGGUGAGACAGAGUACGUGUGAGUUAGAGGUAGAUGCUGUGGCCCCUGAUAUCCUCAACAGGCUGGAGAUACAAGCCAACAUUGGAACAAAUCCCGGACUGGCUGCCAUUUGGGAGGACGAGAAACAGCGUAGGAGAGAAGCAGGAGAAUCCUCACAAAUAGAGCCACCUCCCUCACAAGAGAGGCCCGAUGUCCAGCCAACAGAGAGUGACCUCCAGUUGAGAGAACGGAUUAGGGAGAUAGUAGAAGAGCAGGAAUCCCUCUUAAAAAGCCAGUUGGAGAGAUUACAUGAGAGCCAAGCCAUGUCGGAUGAUUCAGACUCCAGUCCUGUGCAAUCUAGUCUGACUCCGUCUUGCUCUGUGGAACUACACUUCUCUCAGAUAGAAGACAAUCCAGAUUCAUCCCAGCAGAUGGGAGAUAGUGAAGAUGAGCCCAUAGUUGAUGAGGAUGCUGUUCAGUCUGUAGUAGAGAUGAGUCAAAGCUUCUCAGAGUCAGGCAAAGAAGCCUCCCAAAUGCAGUUAAAUAGCCAGGAUCGGUCCCUGGCCAACCUUCUGGCAGGCCUGGCUGAUGACUCCAUAGCAUCACCGUCCCUGGUGAGCCAAUCACAGUGCGGUAACCGUAGCGAUGAGGAGGAGGCGGAGCAUCAGUCUGAGGAGGAGGCAGAGGAAGAGGAGAGCAUCCUGAUGUCUCAGAAAUGGGAUGACGGGGAUGCCCAGGAUGAAGAGCAGGGGCAGGAAAGCCCAAUGGCAUUUGACCUGGAAGGGAUGGAGAGUUCCUUUAACAGUUCUCAGUGGGUGGAUGUGGAGGACACCAUCCCUCAAGUGGACGGCAGUGCAGAUGAGAAACCUGCUGAAAUGCCCAUAAGGAAAAGACUGGGCAACACGAGGAUCACCAAAAUCCGCCGGCCUGAAUCUCAGGACACCAAAAACUACCUCUUGAACAUUACUUCCCCCAUCAAGUCGGCAAACUGUACCGGCAACCACUGUGAUCCAGCCAAGCAACUGAAAAUAUCCAUGGAGAAACUAGAAAACUCUUCAGCGAAGAAGACAAAGGGAAAUCUCAUAGAGAAAACACGUCAGCCCAUACCAUUUGCUUCCAAUGACAGCCUGUAUAAAGUAAAAGAGUCAAAGAUAACGUUACACAACAACUUGAAGGCAAAUGUAGUAGAGAAACCCAAAUCGGCUCUACAAUCGGUCUCCAACGACAGCCUGUAUAAAGUGAAAGAGUCGAAGAUAACGCUGCACAACAGCACGAUAGUUGUGGAGAACAGUCACUGCAGCAAAGUGGAAGACGCCAGGCCACAUAUUUUCAUGGACACUGUCACGUCGUUAAUGAACGUGGAACACCCUGGGGAUGGCAGGAGCGUAGAAAUGUCGCUGAAACAAGACGGAGUCAACGAACUGGCUAACCUCACUGUGACUCCAGACAUGAGCGACUUUUUUCCGGCAACUAUGACUUGUGGAAAACUGCGUAAGAGUUCCAAGGAAAAGAAGUGCAAGUCCUCAUCCACAGGAGGAGUGAGAAAGAGUACACGUGUCAGGAAGAUUAAAAAGGAUGAAGACAUGGAAUCCUUGGGUGAUGACAGUCCUACGGAGGACAGCGAUUACGGUGAAGAAACAUGGAAGGAUAGAAGCAGCAGACGGAGCUCUACAGCGCAACAGGGAACUAGAAAAAGCACACGUGUCAGGAGAGCUAAACACGACGAAGACAUGGAGUCUUUAGGCAGCGAUUCAGAAGAAAUGAGUUACGAUGAAACAGAAGAAGACAGUGAGGAGGAGGAAGAGGAGGAGGAAGGUAGAAAAAGGAGCUCCAGAAACUGUUCUAGUUAUGGUAAAAGGAAGAGAAUGUCUUCUUUGCAGAAAGAUUCCAAAAGGUGGAGAGAGGACUCCCUAUACAGGAUGAAAAAUUACACCCUCCGCGAGCAGAAAAAAGCAGUGAGUUACAACGAGGAGGACAACUUUGCGGACGUGUUUGAGGUGAGCUCAGAGGAAAGCCUCUUUGAGGAGGUUGAAGAGGAAGACAGGUACAUAGAAAAGAAGAUGGCGACGUUCGACGAAGAGACAUACACGUUCAAAAAGAAAAGAAAAAUGCCAACAAGAUCUAAAACAACACCCAGAUCCCGACCAAAACAAGUGGAAUCUCGGAGGUCGUCCAGUGAAGACUCCAGCGAAGGCCCGGUACAGAUAAUCAAUAUAAUAGUGAACAGGUUUAAGGGUCAAAAGGAGCUGAGGGUAAAACUAAGGAGAAUACAGUGUGAAGACAAGGUUCACCUUACCCCAGACACGCUGAAACGGUUAGAAAAUCCAGAAAGUCCACCACCACCUGAACCAGAACAACCGGAGAGCGAUGAAAUGGAAACGGAGAGUGCAAUUUGCGCCUCAUGUUCAGUAGCCCGCGUGGAGGACUGCGAGUCAGACAGUUGUAUCGUAGGAGGAGAGACUCGGAGACAAAAACGAGAGAUGGAAGAAAAAAGACAAGAAGAAACCGUUGUCGAGAAAACCGUGCAUGUUGAAAACAACGUCAUGCCUUCUACGUCCACUUUCUCCGGGUUCCCCUUCCGUGAAAACAUGCUGAAUUUCCUCAACUGGGACAAGAGAGGGACGAGUGAAAAACUGAACAGACUCGGGCGGUCGAUGAAGGAAGAGGAAGAACUGUGGAACCAGAAGGUCCGUGAGAGGAGGAAAGGACAGCAGAAGAUAUCCAAGGGUGGGAGGAAGAAGAAGCCAAAGCCGGAGGAUCAAGUAAAGGAUCCUGAUAACACAGUAGCUCCUGCUGCAGUGGAUGUGAAACCCCCUGUACCUACAGCAUCAGACACACCAGCCCCAGUCAUAACUCCAUUGGUACCAGUUAAGAUGCCGGCAGAGCCAGCAAAACCACCAACAGUCCCAGAGACACCCACUCCAGUAGCUAAAACCAAAUCCUCUCCAUCAGGGAAGAAGAAGGGUAGCAACUCAUCAGCUAAGCCUAAAACUGCAAAUGCAUCAACAAAGAACAAAUCAUCUAGUUCAUCUCCCAAGGCCAAAGCCAAAAAGUCCGGUGCAGCAAAAAAGGCAGGCACACCCCCGUCAACAAUGUUCAGUCCAGUCACUGAUGACAGUAAAGUCAAGUACAAAGACGCUAUGUACAACAUGGCUUACUUUUCCUCUACUGAAUCAGAGAAGAGUUCGGGUUCACCUCCAAAAUGCUGGUCUCCAAGUGCCAAGAAAGUUCCUGUUGGUUUUGGAGGGUCCAAUGCAGAGGAAUCCUUGCUGAAUGACUUGGAAGACUGUUUGUUUGACAAUGAAACUGGUGAUGAUACUAAGGUAGACAGGGACAGCAUGCUGAAGGAAAUACAACAGUUUGAAAAGACAGAGUCGUUUGAUGACUCCUAUGAAGAUCUGGAAUACAUUGACAGUAUCAUAAAAUUCUGUAGUCAGGAUACAGGAGAACAAGGAGAGGAGCGAAAGAAGCCACAGAGGGAUGGAACUGGGAAGGCACCAUCACAGGCUAUGCAAAGCUUAGCAGCCAUGCAAGUUAAAGACUCAAUGUGUUACAACAAGUUAGGCAGUGAAGGCAAUGCUGAGAUGAGAAGUGUUGCGACUGUGAGUCCAGCACCUAGUUCUGACCACAGUCAAAUAGGACAGCUGUCAACGUCGCCCGCAAACUCCUCUUCAAGUGGAAGCAGACCGUUGUCAAGGCAACAGUCGUGGCACAGUGGCAGCACGCCGCAGCAUCCCCCUGGCAUCCCGUACGUCCAAGGAAACUUCAGCCCAGGGCCCGGCCAGCAGUGGAGUGGACAGGCCAGUCCUCAGGCCAGUAGUCAGCAGUGGAACAGGCAGCUGAGUCCAGCCGGUAGCCACAACUCGUACAGCCCCAGGCCCUCCCCUCAGCCAUACCCUCCCUCAAAGACUCCACCCUACCAAGUGUGGCCAACAGGUCCGCCUAGAACCACGGUGAGCUCCCAGUUCCAGGGAAAUAUGAGCCCUCAGGGCUACAGUCCGAAUGGCAACUACAACGUACAACACACCCCUCCUCCAAAUCCAGCUAUACCAGGGCAGCCAACAGACCAGCCCAUGCAACAGCCAACUGGCGAACAGGGACUCCAAAUAAAAGCUGAAGGGAACUACGUCAGUCCCAGCCCCCAGUGGUCAAGUCAGCAAGGUGGUGUGCAAGGAGUGAGCAGGCCCCCGCCUUCUUACGAAGACACGGUGAAAAGCCGUGGCAGAGUUUCGCAGCAGAGUCCGUCCAGCACCCCUCCACAGAUGUGGCCGUCAGGUGGGAGCCAGGAGAUCCCCAUGCAGUACAGAAGGAACAGUGCUCCACCUUCCCAACAGUACAGUCCCAACGGACAGCAGCCCCUCAGCCCCCCCACCCCUCCUACCCAGAUGAGCCCCUUCUCAGGCUAUCCCAGUACCAACCCUGACAACUGGAGGACGCAGUACAGGAACCAGUAUGGACAGUUCCAGCCUGGCCCUCGGCAGGACUACAGCCAGCAGGUGCCCCUCCCUCCCUCUGGCCCUCCUAGGUCUAGUCCUGUCUACAACAUGCCGGCAUCCCCACACUGGAGCCAGUCACAACCUACCAGUCCCCACAUGUCACAAAAUCCGUCCCCCAGCCACCCUCCUAACACCGGCCCCGUGUGGCCAAACCAGAGAGUAAUCUCACAGGGCAGUCCCGGUCUGGUUCAUACCGGUCCAAACCAGAUGAGUCCUGGCAUGAGUAGACUCCCUGGUAUGGAGGUGUUCAGUAACAGUCAACAGAUGCAUUCCCAGGUACCUCAGAACAUUUCCAACCACAGCCAGGAUUUGGACCGGUCAAAGUGCUCCCAGGAAAGCACCAGCGACAUGUUCCACUCGGCGUAUACGGUCUUAAACGACAACGAAGACUUGGACGAACUUUUGGAAAGAGUUUGCCACCCCAAGCAGGAGACAGCCACCAAUGCAAUGGACAAGGGCAACUCGAACAUAGACAUGCCAGCAGAUGACACAAAAAGACCAGCUGUGUGGGAGUCCCACCCCUCUAUACAUAACAACCUAACAGAACUCGGGCCGAGGAGGCAACGCUCAGACAGCUUGCCAUCGGCAGUGAAACCUCAGCUAACACAACCUAAGAAAACCCCUACCCAACCUGCAAACAGGCAGCGUAGCCAGUCCUAUUCCCAACCCUCGGACCUGAGACUUAGAGGUGACGACAGGAACACUCCACCCAAGUUUUACUGUGAAGCAGGUCGACCCUUAGCGGAGGUCUCACCUGAUCGACACAACAUUGUCCGUUUGAAACUGAAGUCCAAGCUACAGGCUGUCCGCCACUACAGCAACCACAGUCCGCAAGGCUCUCCACGCUCCAGCUCCAGCCAGGGCUCCCCUCUCCACUCCCCAACAUGUGGGCCCAGGUUUAGCCCCCUCAGAAGGAUGUCCAGUCCCGCAGAGGAAGCUAACAAACGUAGCAGCAUCCUGCUGGCCUUGCUGAGAGGGGGGAAGACGGCAAAGCAGAUAGAGCAUGAAAAGAACAGUCCCAUGUCACCUACUUCCUCCCAGAGCUCCGUCAGCGAGGGCAGCAGAAGCAGCAGUGUCGGUAAGGACGAUGUGAACAUUCCAGAAACUCCUGAUUCGGACCAGAGAAGACCUGACAAUAGCACUGUUAAAGCGGAAACAAAGAGCGUGUCUUCCCCCUGCCUCCAGUCUUCAACAACUUCCACUCCAACUGGAGAUUGCAGCAAAGAAUCAGGUGGUGAAAACUGUUCCAAUGGAGCACUCAGUGAGACAAAGGAAGAAGCAUCUUCUUCUAGCGAACUGCAAUCACCUGAAAAAAGUACAGAGAACACACCCACAGCACCUUUGAAGGACAAUCCAGAGAGUGGCCAUGAUCAAACAGAUGACCCAACAAACACACCCAACUCAUCGAGUGACAUGUUCAAAUCCAUGGAGAGCUGCAACAGUGAUUCAAAAGACGAACCGUCCCCACCAGGUAGUCAGACAAGGUGUAGAAAGACAAAGAGAAAAGCUAAAAGCACCAACGAUACAGCAAGUUCUGACAACACUUCUCCACAAGAAACUAAGAACAGCUCUGAUAAACAGGUGAAAAGGGGAAAAAGAAAAGCAGCUGGAAGUAAAAACAACGCCAGCGGGGACAACAAGUCAAAGUCAUCACAAUCACCUAACACUACAGACAAGAAACCCACACCCAAAAGCAGUCAGAAGGAAGAUGCACCAAGUAGUAAUCAGGGACCAGGAAAAACCUACCCCUCCCCAGUAGAGCCGGAUGGUACCAACACUGUAGUGAUAGGGAAGGAUGGGAAGGUAUGGACCCCGGCCCUGAAACCCCCCGCAGUGAAAGAAGUGGUAGAGUCGGCCAAGAACCAUGGUCUGGGAGAGUCCAGCUACCAGGAGCCAUUCUGCAGCAAGCCCACAGACCUUCCUGACAAGCCCAUGGAGGUUGGUGGGCGGGUGUUGAAGCUUGAGUCUGUGCUUCCCACAGCCCUGCCCACCUACCAGACUGAGCUGUCCACGGGGGGUCUGACUCACUGGCAGGCUAUCCUGGCUUCCACCAGGCCAACACAGCAAACUCAGGGACAAGACUGCGACUUCGACCUCCUUGCGGAGCUCCAGAAGAAACCCGAGAUCCGGACAGCCGUCACCGGAGACCGCCCCGUUGUCCUCACCCCCUGCCGCCUCCCCCCGCAACCCGAAAAAGUCGCCACGUGGCUCGCCGCCAAAACGGAAUACCUCCGGCAAAGGCAACUGCAGGAAAACCCCAGUACAGAAGAGAGAGAAAAGAGUCAUGAGGAGCAGAAAAGUGCAGUAACAGACGUAGAAUUUCAAGAGGAUACACGUAAAAUUCAUGUCUCCCAAGCAGACAAUUUAUCUAAACGUAAAGAAAAUUCUAGUACUAGUGCCAAAAUACCGUUGCCAGGUGUUUCUUUGGACACCAAAAAGCCACAUGUUUUUGAAGAAUUGUUGCUUGAAGAAAUAACUUCACCUACUGAAGACUGUGACAGAAAUUUAACGCCAGUGUCCCCUAAAACCUUAGUUUCAAAGUCUCUAACAACCGAAUCUUUAAAUGUUAGGGAGACAAAAGAAGAUGAGAUAAGUUCUAGUGAACGUCAAAGUCCCGAGGAUAUGUCAGGGUCUACGCUAAUGCUUGAUCCAAGCCCCCCUGCAGGCAAUGCCAUAGAGAAGCAAAUCCACAGUACUCCAGUAGCUCCUAGAAGACCCUCAGAGCUAAACUUCCCAACAUGCACACCCAUAGGAGUAGGAACCAGCAGAAAAAGUGUUGUAGAAAGUCCAACAAGCCCAGGAACAAGUGAGGACAGUAUUUCCAGGAGGACAAGCAAGGCUCAACAUGAUGUUUUGAGGAAAGUGGUCUUGAAUACACAGCUUAAGAAUCAGUUCCACACCCCAGCCAUGAGAAGGAGCAUCUCCCAGAUAGAAGGCCCGACUCUGGAUAACACCUACGGGUUCAAGGUCACCCAACAGAACCUACAGGAUGCAAAGGCACUACAUGAGAUCCAGAACCUCACAGUGAUCAGUAUGGAGCUCCAUGUCCGCACAAGGCGUGAACUUCGACCCGACCCUGAGUACGACCCCAUCUGUAUGCUGUUCUACUGUCUACAUGAUGAUGGUCAGACGGCAACAGGUCAGAGGGCAGAGGUUACAGGGGUCAUCAUUGUUGACAAGGACUCAGUUGAAGGAGAAGACAUUGUGGACGUGAACCAGCCAAGUACUUCAACAGCUGCUCCACCUGUCAGAAGAGCUCAGAACUGCAGGCCCCUGCUGCCCAGAUCAGGUGUGACCAGUCUUCAGGUGACGUAUGUUGCAGAGGAGAAAGAGCUGGUUCAACACAUUGCCCAACUGAUCAGACAAUGGGACCCUGAUAUUCUUGUGGGUUAUGAGGUACAGAUGUUGUCGUGGGGCUACCUGCUACAGAGAGCAGCCACACUGGACAUGGACCUCUGUCCACUGUUAUCAAGGGUGCCAGAUGCGGCAAAGGAGAGCACCUUCUCUAGUGAUCAGGAUGAGUGGGGGGCAGACCAGAUGUCAGAGAUCAACAUCGUCGGCCGUAUAGUCAUCAACGUCUGGAGACUCAUGAGGAGGGAGUUGGCCCUGAACAACUACACGUUUGAGAACGUGGCGUUCCAUGCCAUGCACCAGCGCGUGCCCCUGUACUCCUUCCGCACCCUGUCAGACUGGUUCGACAACAAGACUGAUCUCUUCAGGUGGAGAACCGUUGACCAUUUCGUCACUCGUUGCCGAGGUAACCUACAGCUGUUGGAACAGAUGGACCUGAUUGGUCGGACGAGUGAGCUUGCCCGACUGUUCGGGAUCCAGUUCUACCACGUCCUGACGCGGGGGUCCCAGUACCGAGUGGAGUCCAUGAUGCUGAGGAUAGCCAAACCCAUGAACUACAUCGCAGUUUCACCGAGCAUGCAGCAAAGAGCUAGACAGAGAGCACCCGAGUGUCUCCCUCUGAUUCUGGAGCCAGAGUCCAGGUUCUACACCCACCCUGUACUGGUGCUGGAUUUUCAGUCCCUCUACCCCUCCAUCAUCAUCGCUUACAACUACUGCUACACCACUUGUCUGGGCAGGGUCGAGCACCUGGCUGAGGCAGGAGAGUUUGAAUUUGGGUGCAGUAGUCUGAAGGUGCCUCCUGCUACUCUGAGGAAACUGCAGGACCGUCUGACGGUGUCACCUAACGGUGUGGCCUUCGUCACGAAGGAUGUCCGAAAGGGCAUCUUACCAGGCAUGCUGCAGGACAUCCUCAACACUCGCAUCAUGGUCAAGAAGUCUAUGAAGGACUACAAACAGGAUAAGAACCUAACCAGGAUGCUGCACUCCCGUCAGCUGGGUCUGAAGCUGAUCGCCAACGUGACGUACGGCUACACCUCCGCCAGUUUCUCUGGCCGCAUGGCCUGCAUCGAGAUUGCAGACAGCAUCGUCAGGAAGGCCAGAGAGACUCUGGAACGGGCCAUCCGAUUGGUCAACGACACGCCCAAGUGGGGGGCACGGGUGGUGUAUGGCGACACUGACAGCAUGUUCGUCCUCCUGAAGGGAGCCUCCAAAGAUAGUGCCUUCCAGAUCGGCCAGGAGAUCGCGGAGACCGUCACGGCCGCCAACCCCCAGCCCGUGAAGCUGAAGUUUGAGAAGGUUUACCUGCCGUGCGUGCUGCAGACCAAGAAGCGAUACGUGGGCUACAUGUACGAGACGCCGGACCAGAGGGAGCCCGAGUUUGAUGCCAAGGGGAUUGAAACAGUCAGGAGGGAUGGUUGUCCAGCCGCUUCCAAGAUCCUGGAGUGUUCCUUGAAGACCCUGUUCACGUCCAAGGACGUGUCCCAGGUGAGGCGUUAUGUGGAGAGACAGUGUACCAAGCUGUUGGAGGGGCGAGCCAGCAUGCAGGACUGUAUCAUCGCUAAGGAGUACCGAGGCAUGGCGUACUACAGGCCUACAGCAUGUGUUCCCGCACUGGAGAUCACUAGACGCCUGUUGUCGAGCGACCGUCGCGCGGAGCCGCGGGUUGGUGAGCGCGUGCCGUACGUGAUCGUGUACGGGAGCCCGGGCCUGCCCCUGAUCCAGCUGGUCAGGCAGCCCCACGAGGUGCUUACCGAUCCCAACCUUCGGCUCAACGCCACCUACUACAUCAACAAACAGAUCCUGCCUGCACUGAACAGGGUCUUCUCACUCAUCGGGGUGGAUGUCUUCAGCUGGUACAGGGAUUUGCCGAGGACCAAUCGCUUUGCAGCACCCGCACGGCUUCUGCCAGAUUCCAGAAAGGGUACAAUCUCCCAGUUCUUCCAGACUGUGAACUGCCCUGUGUGCAACGGGCCGGCCCAACAGGGUAUCUGUACCCAGUGUCAGGGUGAUCCACAACAGGUCGCCAUAACACUCAACUGCCAAAUACGGGCAUGGGAACGGGCAUAUCAGCAUCUUCUACAGGUGUGUCAGAGCUGUACUGGGUCUCCUGGGCAGCCAAGCUGCAUCUCUCUGGACUGUCCAGUACUGUACAAGUACGUGAAAGCCAGGAAUGACGUGGAAAGAGCGCCAUACUUCCGUGAACUCCUAGACAAGACCCUUGACGGGUAGCACUUGUGGGAAGAAACCUUCGAUGAUUACAACCCCAGCUUGGUUCUGUUGCACUUCAAGACUUAUCAAGUGAACAACUCUUAACCAUGUCUUCAUUGUGGGUCACAGUGUGAUACAUUGCCACGACAAUGCACAUGAGGCUCAUGCAUGCUGUGUCUGAUCUAUGUUGUCAUGCCAGUGUCUAGCAUGUAUUCUGCAUUACCCAGAGUUAUCCAUUUUUCAAGCAUGCAUCCCCCAAAAUGGCCAGUGAUUUCAAUGAUGUAGUGCUUCUGCAAUAUUUGAUGUGGUCUGACUUUGAGGCAUGGUCCACUUCAGUAUUGUAAUCUGGGAAAAAAAAUCUCUUCCAACUUGUUGCAAUGAUACUUAAGGCAGUCACAAAAUUACUAGUACAGAGCUUAAGGCUAUGCGUAAAUCCUGUUUCUUUUUUUUUUUUAAGUCCUGUAACCGCAUCAUCAUGGCCAGUAAAAUAAUUUUGUGUCACAGACAGUUGCAAUGCACAAGCCGUGUGUCAAAAUGAAAUGCAAUCAGGAUGCUAGAAGAGUGGCUGAGGGUUUAGCGUCCAGACUAUGCCAUAGAAUUGUAGGAGACAUUUGGUGAACAAUUUCGAAUACCGUUCUUUCUUAUGUACAUCUCUCCUUAAGGAAAGCUUCCUCCUCUCAUGUCGGAGUCACUGUCUGGCUACUUCUGCUUGGGUCCUCCUCACAAGUUGUACUUUCCCUUCCUGUGAUAGGAUGUGCCUUACAGCUCCUUUCUCUCGCAUUUCUCUCAACAUUCACUUGUACUUACGUGCAGUAUUUAAAUGGCACUUGUGCCGUACAAUACUGCGAUUGCCAACCUUUCGAUUACUUAGUGUUUAGGGUGUCCUAGGACUAUGGUGACUAGGCAUUGCAAAACUAGUCCACCAGUUACAUAGAUUUUCAUUAGUUCUUCAUAGUUGACUGUGUAAAAAUGUAUAUUACCCCCAAUUCGGGGCACUAUCAAUGUUGCAGCAAACAAGUAGGAGUGUUCAAAGUUGUGUUCUAGCAACAGCUUUCAUGACAACCUAUCAAUGUACUUCAACUACUGUACCUAGAAGUGGUCAACAUUUUGAAGUCAAUGUUAUUGUUACUUUAUGGCUAUGGUACUGUAUUUAGUAAUUGUGUAGUGAAAAGACAAAACAUGUUAGUAAAGUGAAACUGUUUUUAUGAAGCACUUUCGAUGGAACCCCUGUUAAAUGUUAUACUGUAAGAAGAAAGUACCAAAGGGCUAUUUUUGUACUAAAUUAUUGUGGGGUCAGAAGACCGUGAUUUAAACGUAAACAGUAGGAUGUUUUGGCAUGUAUGAGAUGGCCAGUCUGUGUCAAAUGUGUACAGUGAUUUUGUAAAGGUGCUUUUGAACAUUUUUAUAUGCUGUCAGAACAAAGAUUUUCUUUAUC